AAUCAUGGACAGAAUUUCGUAUGAGCAGGAAAGAAUAAUAUUAUGGCAGACAUAUAACCACUAAAUGAGUACCUUUAUGUAUUUAAAUUAUUUUUGUUUAAGAAAGUUUGAUUAUUUUGUUAAAUUAUUACGAAUAAUGUCGGGAAUAUAAUGAUCUAAGUAAUUAAAUAAUUAUGGCAACUACAGAAAUAAUAUUUCCUAAGGAAGAGCAAACAGCUAAACUGUUGAAAUGGAGAGUUCGUAUGAAUACAACGGUAUCAGCCGGUAGAGUAUUGUUUUUUUACCGAAACAUAACGUCGGACAAUGAUGAAAGUAAAAAUUCUGAAAAGAAGUUUCGAGCUAUGCGAUAUGGCCGUAUUAUAAAAUUAUUAUCUAAAGAAGGUGACAUCAUAAAACCUGGGGAAGCGAUAUUGAUGCUUGAAGGAUGCAAACAUCCUACUGUCAUGAAGGAUUUGUGUGCAGAAUGUGGUGUAGAUUUAAGAAUAGAAGGAAAUGGAAAAGAUGGAGGAAACGUAAUUUCUCAAGCUGUUGUACCAAUGAUACACAGUGUACCUGAACUUAAAGUAUGCCCAGAAUUAGCUGAAAAAAUAGGAAAAGAAGAUGUACAAAGACUUUUACGUGAUCGUAAAUUGGCGUUACUUGUGGAUCUUGAUCAAACUAUCGUUCACACAACCAACGAUAAUGUGCCGCCUAAUAUGAAGGAUGUGUAUCAUUAUCAACUUUAUGGACCAAAUUCUCCAUGGUAUCAUACACGCUUAAGACCAAACACUCGACAUUUUCUCUUAGAAAUGAGUCAUCUAUACGAAUUACAUAUCUGUACAUUUGGUGCAAGAAAUUAUGCACAUACUGUAGCAUCUUUAUUAGAUAAAGAUGGUACUUUGUUUUCUCACAGAAUACUUUCAAGAGAUGAAUGUUUUGAUCCAGCAUCCAAAACAGCUAAUUUAAAGGCUUUAUUUCCUUGCGGAGACGAUAUGGUAUGCAUCAUAGAUGACAGAGAGGAUGUAUGGCAAGGAUGUGGCAACUUAGUACAAGUUAAACCUUAUCACUUUUUUCCUCAUACCGGUGAUAUACAUGCUCCACCUGGUUUAGAAAAAAAUGAUCCCACUACACCCAUAUCGACUGCUGUAAAAGACAUACAAAGUAAAAAUACUAAUAACGGUAUAUUGGACUCGACCGAUAAAAAUGUAUUAAAUAAUGAUGCUAAAGAAAAUAUAAUAGGAGAAUUUGAAAGUGUUACUGUAUCAGAAGAAGCAAAAUGUAUUGAUGAUGAUAAAAGAAAUGUAGAAGAUACAGGUAAAAAAGGAGAAAAAGGAACUAAAGAAGAUAAAAGAAAUAACGAUGAUAAAGGUGAUGAAGAUGAUAAAGAUGAUAAAGAUGAUAAAAAUGAUCAAGGAGAUAAAGAAGAUAAAAAUGAUGAAGGAGUUAAGGAAAAAAAUAUUGAGAUACAAUCAAAUGAUAUGGAAAAAAAAUCAGAAAAUGAUACUGAGCAAGUUCAAAAAUUAAAUAGAGAUAAUUCAAAGGAAGAUAAGAAUCUAGAAACAGAGAAGAAAGAGAAAUGCAAUGAAAAUAAAUUUAUAGAUGAGGAUGAAGAUGAUUAUUUAUUGUAUUUAGAAGAUAUUCUUCGAAAAAUACAUGCUGAGUUUUACAACAAUAUAGAAAAGGAAAUUAGACAAAAAUCAUUAAGAGUUAUCAUACCUCGUGUAAGAGCACAAGUAUUAAAAGAUAUUUGUUUGACUUUCAGCGGAUUGAUACCUACUCAUCAAAAACUUAAUCAAAGUCGUGCUUAUAAAGUUGCAAGAGCAUUUGGAGCGGAAGUUACACAAGAUUUGAUGGAAAAUACUACACAUUUAGUUGCUAUUAGACCGGGAACUGCAAAAGUAAAUGCUGCCAAAAAACGAGGUGAUAUAAAAAUCGUAAAUCCAGAUUGGCUCUGGGCAUGUGCAGAACGUUGGGAAUAUGUUGAUGAACGCCUUUUUCCUCUUACUACAAAGGCGCGUGCAUCUAGAAUACCGCCUGCUCACUGUAGCAGUCCAGAACAUAUAGAAGAACAAAAGGACGAAUUAAAAGAUAAAUUUGCCGAUAGUAUAAAUCCCUUAAUGUCAUUUACACAAGAAGAAAUAGAAAUAAUGGAUAAGGAAGUAGAAGAAGAUAUGGAAGAUCAGGAUAUAGAGACUUCUGUUUUUGAUAUAGAUGAUAAUAUUAAUGAAUGUAAUAAAAGAACACACGCAAGAAAUUCCAAUUCAGAAGGAUUAUCAUAUGAUUUUGAGUGCAAAUCGUUUAAAAAAAGGAGAUUAUGCAAUCGAAGUUUCGAUAAUGACGGAGACGAUGACGACGACGACGAUGAUGAUGACAAUGAUGAGAAUGAAGACGAAGAAGACGAUGACGCCAACGAUGGUGACGACAAUGACGAUGGUGAUGACGAUGACGAUGACGUUGACGACGACGACGACGACGACGACGACGACGACGACGAAAAUGAUCUUACAAUACGUUUUAGAAGAGGGAAAGAUUUACCAGAUGAUUUAGAUUUUGGUGAUAAUUCUCAAGAUUCUGUAGAUCUUGAAUCAAUUGAAAACGAAGAUGAUAGAGAAUGGAAUGCUAUGGGAGCCGCGCUUGAAAGAGAAUUUCUUUCAGAAUAACGUAAUACAAAAGUAAUAACACUGUUUAAUUGAAUUUGUUAUAUUAU